CCCAGCAGGCAGCGCGGCCGCAAAAAGCGGCGGUGGAGGAGAGCCGGCACCGGAGGCUUGCGCGGGCUCAGAGAUGGAACGUUGCUGGAGUUCGCGGGUGUAGCUGCUCGGGGCCGGAGGCUCACGUCUUGAGCCGCUGCGCGCCAAGGCGGGAAUCCGGGAGGCGGGCUGCUCUGCAAUUAAUGCACGCAUUUAAAACUCCCGAAGUUGUGGACGCCAUGCACAGGAAACACCUCCAGGAGAUUCCCGACCAGAGUAGCAACGUUACUACCAGCUUCACGUGGGGAUGGGAUUCUAGCAAGACUUCUGAAUUGCUCUCAGGCAUGGGGGUGUCCGCCCUAGAGAAGGAAGAGGUGGACAGUGAGAACAUUCCCCAGGAGCUGCUGUCCAACCUGAGCCAUCCUCAGAGCCCCCCACGAAAACGGCUGAAGAGCAAAGGGAAUGACAAGGACUUUGUGAUCGUCCGCAGAUCUAAGCUAAAUCGAGAGAACUUUCCAGGUGUUUCAUGGGACUCACUUCCAGAUGAGCUGCUCUUAGGAAUCUUUUCCUGUCUGUGCCUCCCUGAACUUCUAAAAGUCUCCUGUGUUUGUAAGAGGUGGUAUCAUCUAGCGUUUGACGAGUCUCUGUGGCAGACCUUAGACCUCAUGGGUAGAAACCUGCAUCCCGAUGUGAUUGGUCGGUUGCUGUCUCGAGGGGUGAUUGCCUUCCGCUGCCCACGAUCGUUUAUGGACCAACCAUUAGUUGAACAUUUCAGCCCUUUCCGUGUUCAGCACAUGGACCUGUCGAAUUCUGUAAUUGGUGUGUCUACUCUCCAGGGCAUUCUGUCUCAGUGCUCCAAGUUGCAGAAUCUAAGCCUGGAAGGCCUAGAGCUUUCGGAUCCCAUUGUCAAUGAUCUUGCGCAGAACUCAAAUUUAGUGCGACUAAACCUUUCUGGGUGUUCUGGGUUCUCCGAAUCUGCCCUGAAGAUUUUGCUGAGCAGCUGUUCCAGAUUGGAUGAGCUGAACCUCUCCUGGUGCUAUGACUUCACUGAGAAGCACGUGCAGGUGGCUGUUGCGCACGUGUCAGAGACCAUCACGCAGCUAAAUCUUAGUGGCUACCGAAAGAAUCUCCAGAGAUCAGAUGUCUCUACCUUAGUGGGAAGGUGCCCCAAUCUUGUCCACCUAGACUUGAGUGACAGUGUCAUGCUAAAGGAUGACUGCUUUCAGGAAUUUUACCAGCUCAACUACCUCCAACACCUAUCACUCAGUCGAUGCUAUGAUAUAAUACCUGAAACUUUACUUGAACUUGGAGAAAUUCCCACGCUAAAAACACUACAAGUGUUUGGAAUUGUGCCAGACAGUACCCUUCAGCUGUUAAAGGAAGCUCUUCCUCAUCUACAGAUCAAUAGUUCCCAUUUCACCACCAUUGCCAGGCCGACCACAGGCAACAAAAAGAACCAGGAGAUAUGGGGCAUCAAAUGCCGACUGGCACUGCAGAAGCCCAGUUGUCUAUGAAGUAUUCAUUGCAGGAUGAUGUCUCCUCUUUUCUUUGGAACAGGGAAAAUAGGCAGGAAGCCCACUUGCUGGAGCACUCGCUAUUUUAAAUCGUGGUUUUCCCUUUGCCUUCAUUCCACAAGUAUAUUAGUGAACUAUUUGAGAGAGAAAACUCGAAGUGUUGCUUUUUUAAAAUGACUGCAAAAGCUUCCAGCACUGCUGUGCCCAGAAGAGCCUAAUUUUUAGGCCUUUUGAAAUUUUAGGAGUGAGCCUAUAAUUUCAGGAUACUUUAAAGACAUACAUUUGAGCCACCUCUUCCAAGUGCCCUUCUUAUUAAAUCUAUUUGGAAUUAAGCUUUAAAAUCACCACCAGCAAAUCAUUUUCAUAGCCUGAAUGGUAACUUGGCACUCUUCUGUUUAAAUUUUCAAUGUUGCUGUAUAAGACAUAGAUUGGAAGAAUAAGAAGCUAUUUGUAUUUGUACUGAACAGAAGGAAUCAUAGAAUAGUAUGAAGCAGUCCCUUUUUGGGGGGGUAGAAAACAAAAAAUUCACAUUUCAACUUUAUCUUUAGAUUUGAAAUUAGUUCAUGGAAAUAAAUAGCCCUGGAUAACUCACCUUAAAACCUAAAUAAAAACCAACCAAUCUACCAGACAUAGAACUAGUAUAGAAUUUGAAGGCUUAAGAGGCAAUUUUCUAUGACAGGUUAAUCUGAAAUUUCCUCUGAUACACGUUAAUUAAGUCUCCUUUAUGUACUGUGUUCUCAGAAUGCUAAAUUAGUUGAGGAAAUAUAACUGUGGCCAUCUGUGAUCAAAUUAUGUUAACAUGGGUUCUUUAGCUUUUAAAAUGACUUGCUUUGUUUUAGAAAGGUGAUAGUAAGCAGCCAGUCUCUAUUGAAAUGUAGGAUUGAAAUGCCUGCUGUUUUCCUUUAUCACUGAGGUUCUCGAGAUUAUUUUCAUGUUACUCUGGAAUCAAGUGUCUUAAACUGUCCUUUUUUAUUGAUCUCCCACAGUAAUUGUUCAAAACUACCCAUUUUAUAAGGUUACUGAACUUAAGAGUUCCCUAAGAAGAACUGCACGUUCCUUCAAUUGGAAAUACAUAUUAGGAGCAGGUAUAUGUUCCCUACAGCUUCAGAGCAAUAAGCACAACUUGCACCUGCAUAAAAGUUAAGAUUCAGGUGUUAAAUCUUUUGAUGUCAUCAGGUAUUUUUUUUUAAUGGUAUAUAGAAGAAAAGUAAUUAAAUUCUACUUAAAAAAAAAAAAAUACUAAUUUCUUACUUGAAUUGAUGAGCUCCCCAUAUAUUCAAAAUGGAAAACCCAGUCCCAUCAUUUCUAUUGUUUUUUUAAAUCAGAUUUUUCAAAUAUUAAAAAUAAUGAUAUGAAGUGCCCUUAUCUGCUCAGACCUAAGGAAGAACAUUUUAAAGUAGUGUUUGAUAGGAAAUGAUGAUGGUUCAAUUUUGUAGUAGUUAAAAAGUGCUAAAGACUACGUGAAAUUAUUGUUUACAGAUUAGUGACAAGGGCUGGUGGUAGGAUCCUGGUUGGACUGUGACUUCCAGAUGCCCUUAAAAAUACAGUGCUUCCAAAUUCAAAUCCAGCCAUAAACUGUUUUGCUAAUGUGUCAGAAUAAUCUGUAUUUUUGUAUGUGACUUCUACUUUUAUAGACUUGUUUUAAAAUAAAACACAUUUUUAUAAAAAUGA